GCACGAUCCGACAGCAGCGUUAGCGUCACACAGCAAACUGGGCUACUAGCCGAGUAAGCCAGAGUCGACUAAAUGUACACCAAUGUACCAAAUCUACUCCUCACACUUAUUCUUGGAAAAUGAAUUGUAGGAAAUUACUUACAAUGGACCGUAGCAUAAUUUUCUUACUGACAAAGGUCCAAAACGGCGAGUCUCCACAUAACACUGGAAAGAUUACGAACUCAAAGAAUGAUGAGCGAUGUCCACCACGCGACUGAUGAUUGGUGUCGCAAGACAGUGUCAUUACUACCCAGACAUACUUGCACUUUACUCAAGAUAAAAACCUUUUUUACUUCAGAAGUUCAUUUCUAUAAUUUAAAAACAUUCUAAAUACGAAAGACUUCAACGGGCGUUUUCUAAUAAAUAUAUAUAUAUAUAUUUGCCUGUCAAGAACGACCCCCCCCCCCCAAAAAAAAAAAAUAUCAGAAGAAUGAGGCGAUUGAGAAAUAAGAAAAACUAUAAUGAUUUUGUACAGUACUUCAAUUCUGAAUUCAACUCGAAAAUAAAAACACUUAUCAAAAAGAGAAAACGGAAUUGUUUUUUCCAUUUUGAUGGGAUCUCUGUAAAGUAUGAGACAAGAUUGAGACGAAGGGUUGGUCAGAUGAAGAUACUCUCAUGUUCAACAGGACGACGUCAGAAAAAAAGUCAUUAUCCACAUAGGCGAAAUCGCAAUCGACAGAAUAGAGGAGAAGCAUAUUCAAUACUAAUAGAAUAUUCAAUAUUAAUAGACAAUGAUUUUACUCACGAAACCAAGAAAAAUGAAGUGAAACUCGAUGCGUCAUUAGGGAAAAAAACGGUAAAUGGGGAGGAAGAGAGGAGCCCAGUUUCUUCAUUAAUGGAAGAUUUAUGUUCUACAAAAUAUUUUAAACUGAAACCUGUCUUUUUCCAGUGCUAUUUACUUACUCAAGUGAGCCACCCUAGAGAGUUGAAAGGCAUUGCGUGGACAGACUUUAAAUGUGAAACAUUUAGAUUAAAAACAUACAGCGAUUACCCAAUAAGUGCUGCACAAUCUGCUUUAGUUUUGGCUCGAGAAGGUUUUGUUUACGUUGGUACUGGUUCAGUUGACAUGGUCACGUGUUAUACGUGUUGUGUUUCUAAAAAUAGAUGGCUAGAACAGGAAGUUGUGUCAGAGGUUCACAAGUCAUUGUCUCCAAGCUGUGCUAUGGUGACCGGAAGAGGUAGUGAUAAUGUUCCGAUUGUGGCGGGCUCUGCCAACUUCGAGGAGAUAUUAAAAGCAUUAAAAAGUAUAAAAACAAAAGGAAAUAACACAUACACAUUAGACAUUGAACAUGAUGCAGCCCCUAUUAUAAGCCAAGCAAGUACGACAAAUGACAUUAAAAGCAAUUAUGCACUAAAUAAAGGAACUCCCUCUACAUUGCAAUCAGAUAAUGUCACUCAAGUGCCUUCUAAUUCUUUCCCAGAACCCAAUUACAAUCUUCAGAAUAAUAAUAUCAUGCCUGAUAGAGAAAUACAGCGCGAAAGAAAUUCAUAUGUUCCAUACACUACGUUGAAUCAAGGGAAAAACAUCCAUCCUCCACCCUCUUUGACAGCGACACCCCAAUCAGAAUCUUCUUUAGUGACUGACGACAUUCCGCCGUCCAAUGUCCAGUUUGAUGUUCAAAGAUCGGAGACGAAGAAAGACACCAACGAUGAUGACCGCGUCUCACACAACAGAAACGCCACUUCAGUUUCUUCCAGCGCACGAGACACCACAUCACACAACAGCGGUUUAUCUUCACGUUCAGACUCAAACUCUCUCCAGGGCGCGUCAGGGGAAUCCACGGCCAAAGUGGAACAAAACUCAGCCUCAAAAAGCAACAAAGAUGGCAAGGGCCCAACCUACUCAGAACUAGGUAUAGUCACAGAGAGGCCCAAACGUCAAGAGUACGCAGUGAAAGGAGAACGCGCCAAAACGUUCACCAACUGGCCCAGGUCUCAUCACAUACAUUCAGACGAUCUUGCCGAUGCUGGGUUUUAUUACGCUGGUUACGGAGACUGUGCCAGGUGUUUCUUCUGUGGUGGUGGAUUAAGAAACUGGGAAGAUGAAGAUGACGUCUGGGUAGAACAUGCCAGGUGGUUCCCCAAGUGUGCUUUCAUCAGACAACUCAUGGGACAAAAUUUCGUUGACACGGUGCAGGAGCUUAACAAAACCAAGGACAAGAUCUCUUUCACGAUGGUAGUAGAACAUUUAGGAGCAUCAGCUUCAGCCUUCCAGCUUGACAAUAGAAACAUGCCACUGAAACGUGAUCCAGCAGUCAAAGCGAUGCUGGAGUUUGGGUUUCCUGAGAAUACAGUCCUGGAGAUUGCAAGUCAGUUAAAAACACAAGAUAUCCCGAUAUCAGCUGAUCUGUUGCUUAAGAAAUGUAAGGAGCGCGAGAAAGAGACCGAGUACAUCAACAAAAUGCAUGCCAGGAACACGGGCACAUCAGCACCAGUUCAAGACGAUGAAACUAUCAGAGAAAUAAAAGAAAAGAACAACAAUCUACGCCAGCAGACGAUAUGCAAAAUCUGUAUGGACAAAGAUGUUGAGGUAGUGUUUCUGCCCUGUGGUCAUCUUGUCUCAUGCGCCGAAUGUGCGGGGGCUUUGAAAGAUUGUCCAGUCUGCAGGAAAAUUGUGAAAGGAACUGUCCGCGCUUUUAUUGGCUAAAUAGAACGGGUGCUCAAGUAUCUACAAGUACUUUCUUUGUUUUUUUGUAACAAAGCAAAAGUCUUUUCGGAUUCUUGUCCGACUUAUGGACUCUGGCUAACUCUACUGGAUGUCACUCUACAAACUGAUCAUUAUAGACUCAGACUGCACACAAUUAGACCUCACCGAUUCGGACUGUGACUCUAAACAAAUAGCCUAGACAUCUUAGCUACUAGCUAUAGCGAAAUUCUAUUUUUUCCAAAUUAACUAUCAACUAAUGUUAUAACUAAUAAAAAAAAUAUUUUCUUACCCUGGUACCUUAGAAAAAACUUCCUACAUGUUGCUAAUUGUCUCUGUCAAACAACUCACACCUCCUGGAGCCAAGAUCGCGAGCAGGUCUCAGCAACUUGCUCUCAAAGCCUGUAAACGAACUUUCUGAGAUUAUUCCCUUAAAACACGGGAUAAAAAGCGGGCAGUGAGUUUUAAAGUCGCCUUGUCUCCGUACAUGGACAGACCCAUCGCAGCACAUGGACCAGUUCUCUGUCUUUCUCUCUCAUCACCUUGUCCCAAUCGCCCUUCAGACAAAAACGUGACACUCAUAGAGAAUGGGGUCUACUGUUUCUACGUCCUCCAUGCAGUGGCGGCACCGUGUGUCGUAAUGGUCUCAAAAACAUCCGAAGUAAACACCAAUUGGACAGUGACCGACACGGAACUGGGCUAGGACGGCCCGAGUGACCGACAAGAAACUGUGCUAGGACGGCCCGAGUGACUGACACGAAACUGUCUUAGGACGGCCCGAGUGACCGACACGGAACUGGGUUAGGACGGCCCGAGUGACCGACAUGAAACUGUGCUAGGACGGCCCGAGUGACUGACACGAAACUAUCUUAGGACGGCCCGAGUGACCGACACGGAACUGGGCUAGGACGGCCCGAGUGACCGACACGGAACUGGGCUAGGACGGCCCAAGUGACCGACACGGAACUGGGCUAGGACGGCUCGAGUGACCGACACGGAACUGGGCUAGGACGGCUCGAGUGACCGACACGGAACUGGGCUAGGACGGCCCGAGUGACCGACACGGAACUGGGCUAGGAGGGCUCGAGUGACCGACACGGAACUGUGUUAGGACGGCCCGAGUGACCGACACGGAACUGGGCUAGGACGGACCGAGUGACCGACACGGAACUGGGCUAGGACGGCCAAAGUGACCGACACGGAACUGGGCUAGGAGGGCUCGAGCUCGAGUGACCGACACGGAACUGGGCUAGGACGGCCCGAGUGACCGACACGGAACUGGGCUAGGACGGCCCGAGUGACCGACACGGAACUGGGCUAGGACGGCUCGAGUGACCGACACGGAACUGGGCUAGGACGCCCUGCUCCGCACGAUUAAGUUGCCGCCACUCAUCCUUUCGGUCUGUGUCGUUCGCCAGAAAAACGACUAGCACACGACACACGCUGUGUCUGUCUCAAGACUCUACUCUAUAUGGGAUGAGUCUCUAGCCCACGCCUAAACUAACGCUACUAAACCUUCUGUGUCUGCCCCGACCUACGGGUAUCAAGUAAUACGCAUCGCCCUACAAGGUAUAAAUCGAAGUGUCACACUAUUUCUACGCUGUGUGUUUCUAUGGCGACGCUGAGAAGAGGCUACCUAUGUAGUGUGAAUGAUGAAAGAAAAGCGGCAUUGUCCUAAGCGGUCUUAGGUAGAACAGACGACUCCAAAUUGCCAGAGUGAAAAGACGUGUUUUUGUUGUAAGCUACAUUUUAAAAAAUACAAUUUUAUACAUCUACUACUUUUAUGUUAUUUGAUCUCAAAGUUGAUUUUCUCUAUAUUGACUCUAUAUUAUAAUUAUAUUGACUCUUGUUCAUAAAAAACCUAUUUAAUAAUAAUAAUAAUAAUAAUAAUAAUAAUAAUAAUAAUAAUAAUAAUAAUAAUCUUUAUUAUCCGUAAGGAAAUUUGUCUUACAGUUUGUGCAUUACACCAAACAAAAAACAUUAUAACUAUAAGAAACCAAAGUGUACAUUCACACCAUACUCACUCAUAAUUUACAUGUGACAAAGUUUAUGUAUUUCAUGUUUUACAUGUAUUUCAAGUUUUACUAGUAAAGAGACACAUUUAGCCUACAAAGCGGUUUAGUUGUGUACCAGCAGAUUGUAUCUACAAGUCAACAACCGUCCACAUCAGUCAAGGCAAGAAAUUCAUUGAACACAGUUUUGAAAAAAAAUCGAAAAUGUACAGCUUCAGAUCCAUUCUUUUAACAUGACUUGUAAACUUGUCUAUAAAAUGUCUAUUUUUGUUGUUUUUUCCACAUUAUCUGACUGCUAUUAAGGCUGAAUACAUAGAUAGAAGAGAACUUCAGGCACGCGCUGAACCAGAUUGACUCAAACCUUGAGGCAUACUCUUCACGUUUUCUGCCAGUCAAAGCAGCUUAUUCACUUUUCGUUCGUUAAUAGAUUAAUAUUUGUAGCCGUCUUUACUGUUAUAAUGACAGAAAACACUUUAUGUAUUUGUGUUAGAGGAUACCCACCCUGAUCUAAUGGGUACCUGACAUUAGUUAGGAAAAAAUAAAGGCGUUUGGUCGUUGUGCUGGCCAUCUGACACCCUCGUUAACAGUGGGCCACAGGAACAGAUGGCAUUUACAUCAUCUGCCAUAUAGACCAUAAGGUCUGAAAGGGGAACUUAACUUUAACUCUUACUACAAAAAUGAUAAGGGUUAAGCCAGAGUUUUCCCAGUGUGUCAAAUAGCUAGUACUUCUUUUCUCAGCGAUAUAAAUCAACUGUUAAAUUUCUAAAAAAAUCGUUAGAGCCGUUUUCGAUAUCCGUGUCCAGGUUUACCAAGGUUCCAGGUUCCAUGAAGUUAUGAGUUGAAUACAGGUAUUGUAAAAAAAAAAAUAUUAAGCUAGAAAAAAAUGAAAAAAGUGCAUAACGCACUUUGUUUGACACUAUAAAACCUUUUUUUGUUUACAAUACCUCUAUUCAACUCAUAACUUCAUGGAACCUGGACACGGAUCUCAAGCACGGCUCUAACGAUUUUCAUAAAAAUUUGACAGCAAGUGUAUCGUUCUGAAAAAAAAAAUUACUAACUCGUUGGCCAGAGACUAGAAAAAGUUUGAGUCAUAAUUAAUAAAAAAAAUAAAUAAAUAAUCUGGCUAGAUUGAGAACGAGAGAAUAGGGUAUUGAGCAGACUAUACUGCUAUUGAGCAGACUAUACUGCUAUUGAGCAAACUAUAAUGCUAUUGAGCAGACUAUACUGAUGUUGAGCAGACUAUACUGCUAUUGAGCAGACUAUACUGCUAUUGAGCAGACUAUACUGCUGGUAGUUUCGCAUUCCUUAAAGAGUUUAAUAAAAAAAAAUCUGGAAAAUGUUUCCAUUGUCUUGUAAGACUAGAUCUAAAUCCUAACAUGGGAAUAUUUUAGAUCUUUUAGAUCUACACAUUCACUUAGCCAGGAUUCUCUGUGUACGAAAUGGGAAGGGGAUUUUUUAUUUUGCAUUUUUUAUUUAAAUGUAACAUUCGGUUUGAAAACCGCUCUAUAUGUUGUAUGUACAAUGAAAGUAUUUUUGAAAAUGA